AUGUUUGUUGUAAUAUUAUUGUCUCUACUGGGCCGAUUUUACUCUAAUUGUAUAAGUAAUAAACAGUAUUCUUUCGUUAAGCUGCCUCCCAUAUACACACAUUGUCCUAAUUUAUCAGCAAAUUUGUUUGAAAAGGAAGAAAUAGAGGCGGUAAACCCAUGCCUGCCAACCAUAGAGAAGAAGCCGCCGAUAUAUAAUUUAGAAGACCCAUUAUCGCAAUUCAGAGUACAAAACUUCAUAAAAACGAAGGAUUCGCCGGAACUGGACCUGAGUUCACUUCCAUAUGUACAAAUAGAACACCAAGAUAAGAAUAAAUUAGUAAAAUUUAAAGAUGGAAGGGAGAUACUCUCAUUCUACGCAAACAAACUUAACUCGUACUUAGCAAACUACAUGGAAUGGAACAAGGCAUAUGAUCCUGAGUCAGACAACAGAGAAAAACUGGAGCUGUACAAUCCAAUCUUGCCGGAUACAUACUAUGCAGUAGUGUACUACUGCAGCUGGCAGUCGGAGUCUAUAGCACUAGUGAAAGCAAUACAACAGCUACUGGGAAAUUACUAUUUCGAAAGAGACCCAAAAAUAGAACACCCGAAGAAGAGGAAGGUAAGAAAAAAGGAACUGCUGGAGGAGUUCAGGAGGAUACAAGCAGAAAUAGAAGAACACGAUAAGAAAGUAGAAUAUGCCAAGGAAAACAACCUGCCGAUUCCACCUGGACCAGGAAAUGAAUCAAUAGAGCCAGUGAAGUUCAACCUGAGGAUCCCGGACGUGGAGGAGACCAUUAGAAUACUGGAUCACUGCAGGAAGAAGUACAACUUUAACUGGUGGAUGCCGAAGUUUGGAGCGAUCAAGUACAACCGCAUCGUGGACAAGGCGUUCAACGAACUGUACAACACGAGCUAUAAGCAGGUGAGGUCGGCUGAAGAGCGCAAGAAGUAUAAGCUGAGGGACCUGAAGAGAGUGAUGCGCAGCAAGGCGAAGAAGGUGGCGAGGCCAGUGAACGUCAACUUCGUGCUGGUGAGACUGGCCAACUCGAUGAUGAUAUCGAACUCGAGGCAGGGGGCACGAAGGCACAGACGGUUCAUCCAGUCGCACGAAAAGGAGUUCCGGUUCAACGAAAUCAUGCUGAGGCUGCUCCUGGACCAGGAAAUUUACUACGAGAACAUGCCGGCGCUGCAGCUGUUCAAGUGCAGGGAGGGCCUGGACUCGCUGCCCUCGGUCUACGGCAGCAAGAGCCACGCGGCAAAGCCCCUGGAUGAAGACGCGAGCUUCUACAGAAGCGACCCCUUCGAGGUCGCGGCGCGCGUGAACUACGGGCUCCCGGUGCUGCGGAAGUGCAGCCACCUGGCGGUGGCCGACGACUUCGUGCACCUGGGCAACUUCAUGGACCUGGGCAGCCUGAAGGCCCUCGACGCGUUCGAGAGUCUGUUCGCGCCGGGCUCGGACGCGCUAUCUGUCCUGACGCGGACCAGGGACAUGAGCGAGCUCGACCUGAGCAGGCUAGGGCCCGUUUUGGAGACCCUGACGCUCAUGUACAAGUUCCAGCUGAAGAAGAUCGUCGACGCCAGGCCGAAGAAGCCUGACUGUAAGAUUCUCUUAACGGUGUGCCUGUCGCACUCAUACACAGAUAUAAUACCGUAA